ACACAAGCAUCCCGCGUUCGACUGCAUCGCAUCACAGCAUAUUCCCCCUUUUCUGCUCAUUUCUAUUUAGGGCUCAGAUUCCGCUAAUCUUCUCUAUCUUCAACAAGAUAUCAGCUUCUGCUAUCCAUCAAAACGUUCAACCAUGGCAACCCCAGAUGUUUUUUUGCAGGGAGAACACGAUAUUUUCUCAUCGGCUUCUCGAUUUGAUCAUACGAAAGGCGAUGCGAAAUCCCGAGGAUUUGCGCUUGAGAAAAAAAUCGAAUAUCUUGAGAGCUUGAACGACAGAGUCAGCAACAGACGUGCACGAAGAUGGAUAAAUGAUCGUAUCUUGUUGGAGCUUGUACCUCGUUUGACUGGAGAUGAAAUUAGAGGCCUGUUUGCUCCACCACCUUGGGGUGAUGAGGCACAACCUUCACCCUUUUGCUUCACAAACGUGGGGGAGUGGGACAAAUUUAGGAACAUAGACAUGGAUAAGGAGGCUGGUGCAAUAGAAGCACUUAAAGGUUCUUCUUCAUCAAAGAAGAAAAGCCGUGUGGAUGCUGAUAAGAUAGCUGCUUUGACUGCAUGGCACAGGGUUGACUGCAAAACUAGAGACGCAUUCCGCCGAAGCUUUCUUCCUGAACUUGUUAAUGGUUAUGAGGAGAGCAUUCGGGCAUUUGUUUCGGAGGCAGGUAAUGAGGAAGUUCUGGUGAUAUAUGUCCAAGACCCUUUCCAUAGGUUGCUACUUCAUGGUGUUUGUGAGUUCUAUAACUUGGUCUCAACUACCGAGACCGAAACAAAAGGGACAAAGGUUUUGAAGAUGACAAAAAUCAAGAAGAAGAAAGCGGGUAACAACGAGCUCCCAAUCAUUUCACUUUGCCAGUUUAUGAAAAUGGCGAAAGGUGGGUUCUGGUAAGCGGAUCCGGAUCCGGAUCUGACCCAUGUAAAUAGAUAAAGUUUGAACCAGUUAAAAUAUGUUUGGAUGUAAAAACUUAUUCUGUUCUGUUUUACUCUAGCUGAUAGAUAUAGAUAAUAUGGGGAAGUGCUGAAGAUCUUUGGCUAAUACUAUAUAUGUUCCCCCUGUUGCAAAUUGGGUGGGACUUCUCUUUUAACCAAUUUGUGUAUGUCUGUGUGUAAUUUCCUUUUUAUUGCAACUUGUGUAACCAUUUGUUUCGUUUGUUAUAAUUAAAGAACUAUUUAUUUCU